UCCCGCCUGCCUCCUAGCUGUGUCCGCCUCCGUCCUGUCUGGCCGCCCGGUAUCUGGUCCGCCGCUCCGCGCUCUGCCCCGCUCCCACCCCGUACCCGAAGCCUCUGCCUCUGCCUCCUCGUUUACCACCCCAGCUUCCCGAACCCCCAUCCGCACAGUGAAUGCACCAGCGCCGAAAACAUGACGGGCAUCGCCGCUGCGUCUUUCUUCUCUAAUUCCUGCAGGUUUGGGGGCUGCGGUCUCCAGUUCGAGUCUCUCGCCGAGCUCAUCGUCCACAUCGAGGACAAUCACAUCGACACAGAUCCGCGGGUCUUGGAGAAGCAGGAGCAGCAGCAGCCCACUUAUUUGGCCCUAAGCUAUAUCAAUAGGUUCAUGACAGAUGCGGCACGCCGGGAGCAGGAGACCAUGAAGAAGAAGGCCACUCCCAAACUGUCCCUGUCCAUCACAGGCGGACUGUCCAGGAACAGCACGGCCACACCUCCUCGCCACACCAGCGGUAACCUGACACCUCCCGUCACGCCCCCCAUCACCCCCUCCUCUUCCUUCCGCAGCAGCACGCCUACAGGCAGCGAGUACGAUGAGGAGGAGGUCGACUACGAGGAGUCGGACAGCGAUGAGUCGUGGACCACAGAAAGCGCUAUCAGCUCUGAGUCCAUCCUCAGCUCCAUGUGCAUGAAUGGGGGAGAGGAGAAGCCAUUUGCCUGCCCUGUCCCUGGCUGUAAGAAGAGAUACAAGAAUGUGAAUGGUAUCAAGUACCAUGCCAAGAAUGGCCACCGCACGCAGAUCCGUGUGAGAAAAACCUACAAGUGUCGCUGUGGCAAGAGCUACAAAACCGCACAGGGCCUGAGACACCACACCAUCAACUUCCACCCUCCUGUCUCCACCGAGAUGCUGCGCAAGAUUCAAGGCUAGAGCCCGUGCUCACACUAAUCAGCUACCCCAGACAUAGCCCUGUUCUAUCCUGACUUUCUUUCCCAUCCUACACACUAAAGGGUUAAGUGCAUGCUUUAAGUUUUCAUUUUUCAUCUUUUUUGUUACAUUAUUUUUUCUAUCCAUGGUAUAUAACUUGUAUUUUUGAAAGAAAUGUAUCUUUGUAGUAUUUUUAAUUGUUGUACAUUUGCACAUUCAUAUAUGCUAUCACAUUAUUUUUUUCUUCUAUUGUUUGACUUACAUAAGGUGCUAACUGUAAAAAACAACGAAAAGAAAAGACAAAAAACAAACGUAAGAGGAGAGGGGAAACAUAAAAGGAGAUGCAAAACGGGAAGUACAGCCGAGCUCUGCUCGUCUUCAAGUGGGAUGAAGUUGACUGCUAAUGCUGAUCUGAGUCCAGUAGUCUAUAUACUUGGUCUCUCUUAGAUAGAGUCCAGCUGAACUUGGAUUUGUGCUUUCACAGUAGCUUCUGGGGUUUAAGUGCAAGAGGUAAGUUAUACAUUAAAUAGAUAUAUUGAUAUAUAAACAAUAGACAGAUAUGUAUGUGUACAUAAAAAUUUAUAAAAGUAUUCAUGAGCAUAUACAUAAAUAGUCACACUGUAUUUUCAAGCUUUAUUUUAUAUAUUUUUGUCAGUGUUUUAGAUGGUGUUUUUCCUAUGUAUCAGUAAGAGUCCCUUUUCAUUCCUUUUUUACCGAGACGGCCUGUUUUGUACAGUAAUCGCCAAGAUCAAGGUCAAACCGCUGGCUGAUUUUAGGUUCAGAUGGUCAAUUCUUCUUUCACACCAUCCAACAGUUUAGGAACUGAUAUGCCUUUGGGUUCGACACUGAAUGCGAUGUGCUACUGUUGAUCAGGACCACAGCCCAGGCAAAUAAUCCAUACCUUAAAGGUUUCAUCCCAACAGAAAGCCACCCAUGCACUUCAUAUCUCUGGUGCUCCCUCAUUAGUUGCCAGAGCUGUGCUCCAGAGACUUAGCCGUGAAAACAGGUUGAGCAUUGUACUGUUUCCAGUUGUCAAGAUCUUUGCUGUUGUUCUGUUUUUGAUUGUUGCCAACAGCUCUCCACUGCCAAAUCAUUGACCAUACCAUGUGCCUGAUGUGGGUGGGGGGGGAGUCGUAAUGAAGGUUGCCAAACCUGUGGCAAUGAUGCUCUUGUUCAUCACACCUUCAGAAUGUGCAGAUGAGUGGAUGUACUUAGACGGAAUGUCCUCAUGCAUGUGUUGUGUUUUGAUGAGUGUGAAUGACAAAAGAGUGGAUUUGUAUUUGAAAGACAUUACAGUCUACAACCUGGUAUUUCGGUGUGUUGUAGACAACAGCAUUCCAGUUAAUAGUAUGUGUGUGAGAUGUGUAUGAGCACUGUGUGUGUUUUUCCAGCUGUAUCCAAGUCAUCAGUCUGUAGAAUGUUACUGUAUUCUGUGUGUUUCACUGUUUGGAUUUGUCAUGUUUCUAUGUUUCUGUACUGGGCUGCUGGUUCGACUCCUGUAGCACCAGGAUAGUUGGCUAACUGGCUGGCUGGUGGUGGUGUUUGUGACAUGUAGUGUUGGUCGACUUGUUGCCCCCUGACUGGUUUCAUCAUUUAUUGCCUCUAGUGUUGCAGUGCAGUGCCACAUGCCAAGGCGCAUUCACCCAUGACAUCAAUUCCUUCAUUGUUUUUAUUCUGCAUUACGCUCAAAGCUUUUCUCUUUUUUCAUUUGAUGGGUACAGUGGCCUCUGACGUGCACACCCUCCUGUCCCUCAAGCUGCUGUUGCCAUGGACACUACUGGAUGAGGCAUGGUAGGGGGAUUUAUUUUUGACAACUCUGAUGCCAGAAAAUAAUAAUA